ACUAGUGCGAUCGGUGUUCAGGACGAAAGCAGACAAAGACACAUCACGGUUAUUUCAUUGUCACUAUGUUUUACGCGUACGUGAUUUACCUUGAUGGCGCAAAGGCUAUCGUAAGCGUAAACUGCAUUAAGAAAUUCAAGCCAGCGAGUGUGGAGGAUUUCGACCCCGACGCUCUGAAGAGCGUGUAUUGGAAGGCCACUGGAGCGUGCGCCGGGGAAGGCUACUACAAAGCUAAAAUCCAGAUGCUUUGCGAGACACGGGACGACCUGAUAGCAGCCCUUAAGAAGAAGCACAUGGCGAUCCCCAUGAUUCUGAAUUCCAAGUUCGAGGUAUAUGUGCGCCUUAGGCUGUUUUAUUACCUCGUUCUUCUAUUCUGUUCAGAACCAGGGGCCUUAUGUUGGUAUUUUGUGCCCCUUUUUCAAAUCGGCUGCAGACUUCACUUCCAUUACCUCUGGAAAAGGGGACAGAAAAGCCCAACAUAUGGCCCCAGUGGGCAGUAA